AUGUCUUCGCCACAGGAUCAAGCAAUCCUCCUCAGCCGACCAUACCCAUCCGCCAUCGCCUUCGCAACAUUCAGCCUCCUCGUCUCGAUCCUCAUCAUCCCUCCGCUCAUCCAGCACUACCGCAACCGCAACAUCGGUGCCACAGUGGUGGUGACCGGCGUCACCAUCGCCAACUUCCUCAACUUCCUCAACGCCGUCUUAUGGCCCAACGACGAUUUCGAAAACUGGUUCAGCGGUGUCGGCCUCUGCGAUGUCGAAGUCAAGUUCUACAUCCUCAUUCAGACACUCUUUCCAGCCGGCCUGGCAUGCAUCCUGAGAGCUUUGGCGAAGGUCAUGGACACAAACAACACUGGCUGGAUGCGAACCACGGCUCAGAGACGACGAGCGUAUGCCAUCGACCUCAUCUGCUGCGUGUUCCUUCCUUCGCUCCAGAUGCCCUUCCAUUACAUCGUACAGCCACAGCGCUACUACCUCUACGGCAUCAGCGGAUGCAUACCUCCUUCAGAUUCUUCUUGGCUCGCUGUUCUGCUACUUCUGGUACCGCCCUUGAUUUGGGUCAUCAUCGGCGCUUUCUAUGCUGUGUUGAUCGUCGUCCGACUCCUCAAAUACCGACUCACACUCAACACCCUGCUCGCCAACAGCAACACCAACAAGUCACGCUUCUUCCGCCUGUACCUCAUCUGCUGCAUCUGCGUGGUCGGGCUCAUCCCAACAGAAGUCUACGUCCUUCUGCACAACCGCAUCACCAACCUUUUGCCGUACAGCUGGAAAGAGACGCAUCACCCAACAGAGUACUCCUGGGACUCUGCGAUUCUAGUCGCGACCCACGGCAAGAUCGUAUACGACAGAAUCAUCUGGCUGGUCGGGGGCAUCCUGAUCUUCGCUUUCUUCGCCUUCGGCAGAGAUGCAUUCAAGAUGUACCGCGAAGGUCUGCUGGCUAUCGGCAUGGGCCGUUUGUUUCCGUCGCUCAUGGAGGACAAUCACAGUCAUCAAUCCGAUUCCCAACAACGAGGCUCGAUCACCGGCACUAUCAACUCUUUCAGCAGUAAAGCGAAGCUCUUUUUCAAACGUAAGGGAUCUUCCGGAACCUUCACAGACUCCAUGGCAUCGACGAGUGACACGACGUCUCCGUCGAAGGUCACCUUCAUGGAGAGUAUUCGAGAAAAUCAGCCUAUGCAGCAGAACAGUGGUCCAUUCGCAGGCAUCGCAUCAAUCUUUAAGAGAUCGAAGACCACCCCCACCGACCAAGAUCCUUUCAUACUCACCAACAUCACCGGAACUUUCCUGUCAAGUGUGUCGGCUGAGCCAGUCUCGCCCACAACAGCAUCGCAUAUUCGGUCUAAGAGCGUGGGAGGUCAUGACGUUUUGGUGAAGAAGGAGGUUCGGCAGGCGAGCGAGACGGCAGAGACUCUUCCUUCGAAGAUGUAUGAAGGCGUUUGA